AUGGGGACUCCCAAAUUGACAUCUGGAUUGAAGGUGAAUGUGAAAUCAGUGGACUCCAGGAAACAGCUGGGUAGCAAUAACGACAGUGGGCCAGGUCGGCCUUUAGGAUCGAAAGAAUUACCUUUUCCAAGGGUUAGCAGUAAUGGCAGUGGGGCUGGUCGGCCUUUAGGGCCAAAAUUAUUGCCUUCUAAGAUUCCAGCAGCCACCACAGAGAAGAAGAGUUCCGCACCCAAUGCGAAGCGUUCCAUGUCUAGCGUUAAUGGCAGUGGGGCUGGUCGGCCUUUAGGGCCAAAAUUAUUGCCUUCUAAGAUUCCAGCAGCCACAACAGAGAAGAAGAGUUCCGCACCCAAUGCGAAGCGUUCCAUGUCUAGCGUGUACAAAUCCUCUCUCUUGAAGUUGCAGUCUUCAAAGCAACCUGUGGUACAACAAAAGAAAUUCCAAGAACCUAGUAAGGGAAAGAUAAUGCCAAAACCACCAGUUUCAGCCUCUAAAUCUCAGCAAUGCGGUGAUCUUCUUUGCAGGUAUAAUCCCAACAAGUAUCCUGAUGAUGAUGAUGAUAGUGACAUGGAGGCUGGUUUUGACGAUAUUUUGAGGGAGGAGAAAAGAAGUGCAAUGAUUGCGAAACGAGAGGACGAAGAAGAACUUCUCAAGAUAGAAGAAGAAGAAGAAGAAAGAAGGGAGCGGUUGAGAAAAGAGACAAAAAGGCGGAAACUGAGCUGAGCUGAGCUGAGCCAACGAGGACUGGAAAAAUAUAUACUUAGUCUGGCGGAUCAAAAUUUAUUAUAAUAUAUUUUUAUUUUAUUUGAUAAAUUUACUAUUUUGCUUCUCCUGUCUAUCCGGCCUGAACACAGGGAUAGGGCCAAUAAAGGCAGGUGUUUUAGGCUCCAACCCAAAAACAGAGGUUUUAAAUUUAUAUCAUAAAGAGCAGUGUUAUUGUAGACUUAAUCAAACAUUAGAAAUUGAUAUUGUUUCAAGAGUAGUGUUAUGUAUCUUAAAUUAAGGAGGAUCAUUGGAUUGGAUUAGUGGGUUUUAUCAACUUUUUUAAAUAGGACCUAUUGAUCUAAUGGUCUUUCUUGAUU